UCGAUUAGAGAAUAAUCUGACGUGGGUUAGGGAGUCGGGCUGGUUUCCCGGCGCCGCAGAGCCCGCUGCCCCUCGCUUCCCCCCCUUCCCCCCGGGGCCCCCCGAUUCCGCCAUGCUCGACUUCUUCACUAUCUUCAGCAAAGGAGGCCUCGUGCUGUGGUGCUUCCAGGGCGUGCGCGGUCCCGCGGCGGCCUGCACUGCCCCCGUGAACGCGCUCAUCCGGUCAGUCCUUCUCCAGGAGCGAGGUGGCAGUAACUCUUUCAACCAUGAAGCUCUUACUCUGAAAUACAAGCUGGACAAUCAGUUUGAACUUGUCUUUGUGGUUGGAUUUCAGAAAAUUCUGACUCUAACCUAUGUGGACAAGUUGAUAGACGAUGUCCAUAAGGAGUUCCGAGACAAAUAUCGCAACGAGUUUCAGCAGAAAGGAUCCCUUGGGCUACUCAAUGGCACCUUUGAUUUUAAAGAAGACUUUUUACGUCUCUUACGGGAUGCAGAGGAGAGCAGCAAAGCCCGAGCUCCCACUGCUAUGAAGACUUUUGAGCAGUCUGCAAAGUCCCAAAAAACUGUCAAGUCUAUGAUAGAAACUCGAGGGGAGAAACCAAAAGAGAAAACUAAGAACAAGAAAAGCAAAGCUUCCAAAAGAGAAGCUUCAGGAGGUGAAGCAGUUAUAGCCCCCAAAGCAGCCCCAGCUGUUAAAUCAGACCCUCCAGUUGCCGCUGGGGACAGGGAGGAAUUGUCCAAGGAUGAGAUCCUGCAAAAGAACAGAGAGGAAUUCUUCAGGAAACGCCUGAAGGGAGGAGAGAAGUCCAACAAGUCCCCAAAGCAGGACACUCAGAAGGAGAAGGGGAAGAAGCCCAGAGUGUGGGAACUGGGGAACUCGAAUGCCAAAGUACUUGAUUAUAGUAACUCCACCACCAAUGGAAAUGCGGACACGUGUCCCAUGGAAGAGUACGAUGCAGAUAUGGUCCUUGGGGAUCGUGACCGUGAGCCUGGCCAUCUUCGUGAUCUUGAAUACGAGAGUGAAGAGGAAACGGAAGAGGAGGAAAAGGCGGUUCAGAAUUCUUCAGGUGGAAGUGCGAAGAAGGGUGGCCUCGGGGGCAUGUUUGGGAUGCUCAAAGGCCUUGUGGGCUCUAAAAGCUUAACCAGAGAGGACAUGGACCCUGUGCUGGAGAAGAUGAAAGAUCACCUGAUUGCUAAGAAUGUUGCUGCUGAAAUUGCUGUCCAGCUGUGUGAAUCGGUUGCAAAGAAGCUGGAAGGCAAAGUGAUGGGCACCUUCACCACGGUGACCUCCACAGUGAAGCAGGCCCUCCAGGAGUCUCUGGUGCAGAUCCUGCAGCCCCAGCGCCGUGUGGAUGUCUUGCGUGAUGUGAUGGAUGCCCAACGCCACCGUCGACCUUAUGUCAUCACUUUCUGUGGCGUCAAUGGAGUUGGGAAGUCAACCAACUUGGCCAAGAUUUCUUUCUGGCUGAUUGAAAACGGGUUCAGUGUCCUUAUCGCUGCCUGUGAUACGUUCCGUGCCGGAGCCGUGGAGCAGCUGCGCACGCAUACUCGCCGCCUGCAUGCUCUGCACCCUCCAGAGAACCACAGCGGCCGCACAAUGGUGCAGCUUUACGAGAAGGGAUAUGGGAAGGAUGCGGCCGGCAUUGCCAUGGAAGCCAUUGCCUAUGCACGUAAUCAAGGUUUUGAGGUGGUCUUGGUGGACACCGCAGGCCGUAUGCAGGACAAUGCCCCCUUGAUGACAGCGCUGGCGAAGCUGAUUGCAGUCAACACCCCUGAUCUCGUUCUGUUUGUGGGAGAAGCCUUGGUGGGCAACGAGGCUGUGGAUCAGCUGGUCAAAUUCAACAAGGCCCUCGCCGACCACUCCAUGGCUCAGACUCCACGCCUCAUUGAUGGAAUCGUGCUUACCAAGUUUGACACUAUAGACGACAAGGUCGGCGCUGCAAUCUCCAUGACCUACAUCACCAGCAAACCGAUUGUGUUUGUUGGCACCGGACAAACUUACUGUGACCUGCGUAGCCUUAACGCCAAGGCUGUGGUUGCUGCUCUCAUGAAGGCCUAGCCACCAACUUAUUCCACCAAACGCCUGUUGGCCAAUGUCUCAGAACGUGCUUUCUGUCUCGGGUCUUUCUUUGGCAUAGUGCAAAACAGAACAGAGGAAUGCUGGAGCAAGAGGUCGCUUUCCUGGCUAUAACCCUCCCUUUCGGGUUCACUUUAACGCACACCUCCUUUGUCCACAAUGCGUGGUUCUCAUCGUAGUCUUCAGUCAUGUGCCACUCGUUUGAAGCUCACCACGCCCAUCGCACUCAUUGGCUCUCCAGAGUUUUGGGGAAUGGAAUUGUCUUGCCCGAGCUGGAGCAUCCAUUGACUGGAGUGCCUCCAGGUUUGUCUCCACCCAUCCUGUGAACUCCUCUCCCCAAGUCCCUUCAUCCUGCCUGUUUGGGGCAGACACCCAGAGUAUUAUGAUGUAGGCUUCAAGGACUGCAGGGGGCUGCUGCCACCAACCAGCUAGGCAUCUUAUAGACUCUGGUGUAGUUAAAACUUCUCCCCCCCACCCGGCCAGAUUAUGCUCCAGCGAUGCAGAAGGCAUGUGGGGGUUGCCUUGGCAACAGGCUGUCUUUCCUAGCCGUAAACUAGCUGCCAUUGGUUGUCCUGUAGCGCAGAGAGAUAGCCUGCUGCCUGUUGACCGUUUUAGUGGAUCAAGCUUCAUUCUUGCUGUUUGGCUCUGAUCACAGCAGCUCACCAAAGCUUUCAAACCAAAAAAAAAAAAAAAAAGAAUGGUAAGGGUGAAUCCUGCUGCUUAGAGAGGGGCUUUGGGAGGGCAGGGGGGCUGCUGAUGCCUUAAAACGAGUCCUCCUUUGUGUUGUCGGUGGGACUCUUCCCAGCACGGCCGUCCAGAUCCUAUUGAGGGAAACACAGGAAUCCUGGGGGGCGGGCGGGGGCAUUUUGGCUGGCAAACUGUUGUAGCCAGGGGCCUCCUGCUGUUUCUAAUAAUGUCUCUCCACCCGAUCAGAGAGCACUGCUUGUUGCACCUUGUGUGUGUAUGUGUGGGAGCUGAAUAGGGGUUCAGUCACAAAUCACUGCCUGGCGUGGACUCUGCUUCGGCUUGAUUUUAUCUGUGUGGUUUAGGGUGAGCAGAAGCUGCACUUCUCUGCACGGUAAUGUGCAAAGCUGACAGUUGUGCUCAUGAUGGACAACUCAGGCAAUCCCCUUGUCCCCAAGGAGGGUCAAUUGGGGGGCUGGGGUGGGGAGGAGACACAUCUGGCAAUAUGCAGAGCCGGUUGUGUGAACUGGCUAGAAUUCUGAGCUCCUUAGAGCAGGACUAGAUCGACUCUUGUACUGAAUGACUCACCUCCAUUCCACAAGGCAGAGGUUCUCUACCCGGGGCACUCCAGAUGUUGAACUACAACUCCCAUCACCCCCAGCUACAGUGUAUCAUGGUUGGGGGCGAUGGGAGUUGCCCUUCAACAACAUCUGGAGCGCUACUGGUUGGGAACCUCUGCCCCAAGUCACUGCCUCACCGCCCAUCCCUUCCUGUCCCACUCACCAGAGAUCAGCAUCCAAGCCAGUCCACCUGAGCUCUUUUGCAUGCUCUCCUACCUGCACUGGCUUUUGCUUUUCCGAACCAGCCUGUCAAAGGAAUGUCCGGGUGGGGAAAUGCCGGUGGCUGCUUGCUGCUUUUUUGGCCCCUUCUCCCCGCUCCCUUCAGAGUGCCUCUUGAUCCUGGUAUAAAGUGCUAUGUUGAACAAUAAAGAAUUCUCUAUGAAGAUGUCUUGUAGCUCGGUAUUGCAGAUGUGCUAUAGUGCAAUAAGUUGAAUGCUGUCUGCUAAAAAGAUAAUUUAUAUAAUAAAAUUUCAUUUUAAAAAAACCCA